AUGGUAAAGUACAUGGUGAUGGAAGAAGGUGCUACUAAAGAACAGGCCUGCGAGAAAAUUUAUAUGAAUGAUAUCGAUGGUCUGCUGACGAAGACCCGACCCGAGAAGAUGACGGAACGACAUGCCGGCGCUCAAAAGCCUGGUGGAGAUUAUCAAGACCGUCAAACCGAAUGGACUCAUUGUGAAAAACGACGAAAUCGGUGUGUUGUAGGUGUGUCGACACAAGGUGGUGCAUUUACUGAAGAAAUAAUCAAGGAGAUGAGCAAAAUCAACGAGCGUCCGAUUAUUUUUCCACUUUCUAAUCCAACUGAAAAAGCUGAAUGUACAUUCGAGCAAGCGGUUAAAGCCAGUGAUGGCCGAGUGUUGUUCGCUUCUGGUUCACCUUUCCAGAAAGUUGAGUAUAAAGGAAAAACUUUUAAACCAGGUCAAGGCAAUAACUCGUACAUCUUUCCCGGUGUUGGUUUAGCCGCUAUUUUAUGGAAAGCGAAAAAAAUACCUGACAACGUGUUCAUUAUUGCUGCAAAGGCGUGUGCUUCUAUGGUGACCGAAAAGUCUCUAGAAAAAUUUGGUCGAAUCUACCCGCUUCUUCAGGACGUCCCAGAAUUAUCGGUGAAAAUCGCAAUGGAAGCUUGCGAUUAUUUCUACAAGGAGAAUUUAGCAACACUUCAUCCGAGGCCGGAGAAUUUGGAAAUGUAUAUACGCCAUCAGAUUUACUCAACAAGUAAUGACGACGUCAUCAACAAAGCUUACAAAUGGCCGGAAAAGGACUCAAAGCAAGGUUAUCACAAUGUGCCUAAACUCCAGCGAUGUUCAUUAGACGAUGAAGAUUAG